AUGUGGCCUGUUGCAGAAGCGACCUUUGCUCCUCCCUCUACUCUCCCUUCCUCCCUUCCAUCCUCUCUUCCAUCCUCCCUUUCCUCCUUCCCCUCCACCCUCCCAGCCUCCUUUCCUUCCUCUGCUCCGUCCUCCUUCCCGUCUUCCCUUCCCUCCUCGCUCCCCUCCUCGCUCCCCUCCUCUCUCCCCUCUUCGCUCCCACCCUCGCUUCCCUCCUCUUUCCCCACCUCCUCCCCUACCGCCUCCCCUCCGUUCUCCCCGCCUCCCCUAUCCCACACCCCUGUGGAUCGGCAGGGCGGAGAGGAGCAGCAGCAGGGUGAGAGACAGCAGCAGAGGCAGGAGCAGCAGGAGGGGCAGGAGAAGCAGGAGGAACAGCAGAUGCAGGAGGAACAGGAGCAGCAGCAGGGAGAUGGGCAGCAACAGCAGCAGCAGCAGCAGCAGCAGCAGGCUCAGGGUGAGCAGGUUUUUGCAGAGCAACAUGAGGAGGUGGGAGAAGAGGAGGCGGAGGAAGGGGAGGAGAUGGAGGAGGAAGAGGAAGAGGAGGAGGAGGAGGCAGAAGUCUUAGAUGUGGAUUGGGUCGGAUACGAGGAGGUGUGGGAGGGGAGGGGCGGGCGGACAAGUGUCAAGCAAGGGAGGGAGAGAGAGGAGGAGAGUGAGGGUGGGGACCUAGACGAGGAAGGGGAUGGGGGAGAGGGGGGAGGGGAGGAGGAGGAAGAGGAGGACGUGGCGAGUGAUGUGACUGAAGCAGCUGCUUCGGAUGAGGUGGAGUGGGAGUCGUGUCAUGCGGUGAUGGAUGCUUCUGUGAUAGACUCUGCAGGCACGGCUGCAGCUGUUGUUGCUGGUGCAGCUACUAGUGAAGGGCUUAUAGGCGGUUCAAGGUUUAUGGAGGGUGUAGGGUUUAUGGAGGAGCUAGGGGGUGCGUUUGAAGCUCCCAAGACCCCUCAAGCGGAUGACGAGAGUGGUGAGGUGAGGGAAUGGAAGAGAGGGAAACACGGAGAGGAGGAGGAGGAGGAGGAGGAGGAUGAGGAGGAAAAGAGGGAGCAAGAGGACGAACGUGAGGAGGUGGAGAAGGAAAGAAAGGAAGUAAAUAGCUGGCACAGUGAAAGCGAGAACGUUUCUAAGGAUGGUGUUGUGGAGGAAAUACAGGUGGCAGCUGUAAUUGAAGGGGCUGCUGAGGUGGCGAUAGCUGACGUGGCAGCUGAUGUCGUAGUUGAUAUGUCACAUGACAUGACGGCUGAUCUAGGGAUGGUAGCAGCAGAGGUUGAAGCAGAAGCAGAGACAAAGGGGGAGGCGGUUGCAGACGAAGCUGCUUUUGAAGGAGAAGCAGAUUUUGAGGCAGAGGUAGCAGCAGGAGCCGAGGCUGAAGCAGAGAUGGAAACGGAGAGAGAAGUGGGAGGAGAAGCAGAAGCGGAGGAGGCUGACUUAGCAGCAGACGAGGAAGCUACUACGUUUCAGGGAGAGGUUGGGGUGGAGGCAGAAGCAGAAGACGUCGAAUUAGCAGCAGAUGCAGCAGCAGGCAUAGCAGCAGAUGCGGAAGCAGAUGAAGAAGCUAUGCUGCAGGGAGAAGCCGAGGGGGCAGCAGAAGAAGUUGAAUCAGCAGCAGAUGCAGCAGCAGGCGUAGCAGUGGAUGUAGAGGCCGAAGUAAGAGCAGACGAAGAGGCUAUGCUUCAGGAAGAGGAUGGGGUGGAGGCAGAGGCGGAAAUAGAGGGAGAAUCAGAGGUAGAAGCAGAGGUUGAGGAAACUGCAACAGCAGCAGGCGUUGCAGCUGGUGCGGAAGCAGAAACAGAGACCAAAGUACAAGCACCCGAAGAGGGUAUGUUACAGGAAGAGGCUGGAGUGGAGGAGCCAGAGGCAGAGGGGGAGGCAGAGGGAGAGGCAGGGGCAGAGGGAGAGGCAGAGGCAGAUGGAGAGGGAGAGGCAGAGAUAGAGGCUGAGACAGGGGCAGGGGGAGAGGCAGAGGGAGAGGGAGAGGGAGAGGGAGAGGGAGAGGGAGUAGCAGAGGCAGAGGCAGAGGGAGAGGCAGAAGCUGAGGCAGAGGCAGGAGGAGAGGCAGAGGCAGAGGCAGAUGCAGAGAGAGAGGCGGAGGGAGAGGCGAAGGGAGAGGGUGAGGCAGAGAUGGUUGUGUACUUGGAAACAGGUGAUGGAACACGAGAAGCUGUUGGUAUGGAGGCAGAGGGAGCAGAGGAAAUGGAGGUAGGAGGAGAGGAAGUAGAGGAAGGAGGAGAGGAAGUGGAGGGAGGAAAACAGGAGGUGGAGGGAGGAGGAGAGGAGGUGGAGGUAGGAGCGGAGGUGGAGGUAGGAGGAGAGGAGGUGGAGGUAGGAGGAGAGGAGGUGGAGGUAGGAGGAGAGGAGGUGGAGGUAGGAGGAGAGGAGGUGGAGGUAGGAGGAGAGGAGGUGGAGGUAGGAGGAGAGGAGGUGGAGGUAGGAGGAGAGGAGGUGGAGGUAGUAGGAGAGGAGGUGGAGGUAGGAGGAGAGGAGGUGGAGGUAGGAGGAGAGGAGGUGGAGGUUGUAACAGAGGAGGUAGGAGGACAGGAGGUAGAGGGAGGAGCAGAGGAGGCAGAGGCAGAGAUAGAGGGAGAGGCAGAGAUAGAGGGAGAGGCAGAGAUAGAGGGAGAGGCAGAGAUAGAGGGAGAGGCAGAGAUAGAGGGAGAGGCAGAGAUAGAGGGAGAGGCAGAGACGGUUGUGUACUUGGAAACAGGUGAUGGAAGAGGAGAAGCUGCUGGGAUGGAGGCAGAGGGAGAGACAGAAGCAGAGGCAGAGGGAGGAGCAGAGGCAGAUGCAGGGGGAGAGACAGAAGCAGAGGCGGAGGCGGAGGCAGAGGCGGAAGCACAGGGAGAGGCAGAGACGGUUGUGUAUGUGGAAACAGGUGACGGAAGAGGAGAAGAUGUUGGUAUGGAGGCACAGGGAGCAGAGGAGGUGGAGGUGGGAGGAGAGGAAGUAGAGGGGGGAGGAGAGGAGGUAGGAGGAGAGGAGGUAGGAGGAGAGGAGGCAGAAGGAAAAGAUUCUUUGGCCAGGGUUGUUGAGGCAUAUGCUGCUGCUAGCGCUGCCAAUAGUAACCCUGCUGGAGCAGCUGGUUUGGAGGUGCCUCAGAAGUCAGCAUCUGCUGUUGGUGCUGCCAACAGUAAGCCUGCUGCAUCGGCACCGGCAGUGGGAGAAUCAGCAGGGCUGGUUUCAGCAAGUGAGGUGGGGAGAGGGAUCGGCAGAGAGAAGCCAGCAGUGUGUGGGGGGGUCAAUGGAGGAGAUUGGCAGGGUGCUGCCAACAGUAAGCCUACUGUAUCGGCACUGGCGGCGGGAGAAUCAGCAGGGCUGGUUUCAGCAAGUGAGGUGGGGAGAGGGAUCGGCAGAGAGAAGCCAGUAGCGUGUGGGGCCAGCGAUUGGGCUGAUCGGACGUUUGAGGAUGGGGGUGGUGCACCUGAUGCCAAUGCUGAUGCUGCUGUUCAUGCUGAUGCCAAGGCUGAUUCUGACACCAAGGCUGAGCCUCCACCUGAAUUUUCACCUGAAGAUGCUCCUCCUGAGCUAGUAUCCCGCCUUCCCCCCAUAGGCGCAGCUGCAUCUCUCCCCCCCAUUGGCGCAGCAGCAUCUCUUCCCCCCAUCCUUCCCCACAUGCCGCACUCUUUCCCCUUCAACCCCUUUCUCCCCUUUCCCCUUGGCCCCUUCCCUCCCCUUGGUUACAACUCGGGUUACCACCAGCUCUCACCCGCUCAAAUGCUCUUCCUUAACAGAACUGCUGGAUUUGGAAAUGUUUCUACUUUUGGAAAUGCUCCCAAUUGGGGAAAUGCUGGGCCUGGUGCAGCUGGUGAGGGGAAUCGUUUUCCUGGUGCUGCUGGUGCAACUGCCAGCUUUGGUGCUGCUGCUGUUGUUGCCGGAUCCACUGCUCGCUCUGCUGCUGCUGCUCCUGCUGCUCCUGCUGCUGCUGUUGCUGCUGUUGCUGCUGUUGCUUCUGCUGGUGCUGCUGCUGGCAGUGCAGCUGUCGUAGCCCCAGCUGCUGCUGCAGAUUCGGAAGCCGCUGGGGCCAGAGCAAGAGUAGCUGCUGCCACAGGUGGCCCCCAUAGGCCUGCUGGAAGAAACAGUGCCGCAUGUGACAGCAGGGCUUCUAAAACGUCUAGAGGAUCCAGUCUUGGACGAAGUGUUGCUUCUGGGCAGCAAGGGAACGCUUGGCAGGGCGCGGUUAGCAAGGAGUGGCAGGGAGGGGCUAGCAAGGAGUGGCAGGGCGGGGCUAGCAAGGAGUGGCAGGGUGGGGCUAGCAAGGAGUGGUUAGACGCUCCUCUGGUGUUUGGUCUGAACGUCAUUCCGCCAGGCGCUGUUGUGAAGGAGACGGGUGGUGCUGCAGAGGAGGGAGACAAGGAGGAUGGGGCGAAAGGACAGUCGUCUUUGGGUGAGGGAGAACCUGGGGAGGUGGAAGGGAAGGGGGCAGGUGGGGAGCGAGAAGGUGGGAAAGGGGCCGGUGGAAAGAGGGCAGAUGAAAACGAGGCAGAUGGUAAGGGGGCAGGUGCAAGGGGCACAGGAGAAAAAAGCGCAGGCGAGAAGGGGGCAGGAGAUAAAAGGCCAGGAGAAAAUGGAACAGGUGGUGCAGGUGAAAAAGUUGCAGGUAAAAAAGGGGCAGGUGAAGGUUCGGCAGGUGAAAUAGGGGGAAGUGAGCCUAAGUUGGAAUUGAUGCAUCCUAUAAAACCUGCAAACCCGGGUGUAUUUGAUCCAGAAGCGAGCGUGGGUGUGAGUAAGAUGAGUCGACUUGAUAAGGCAGAUGAGUUAGAAGAAGGUAUGAGUGUGCUGAGCACGCUGCUUGGGUAUGGGACGACUUUUGAGACGUCUCAAAAGGCAGAUGAGUUGGAAGCAGGUGUGAGUGUGCUGAACACGCUACUUGGUUAUGGGGCGGGUGAGGAGGCUGAAGAAGAGGAAGAGGUGGAGGUGGGAGGCCCUGAUAGCAGAACCCGGAUUGAGUUGAGGGAGAGGGAGAGGGAGAGGGAGAGGGAGAGGGAAAGGGUGAAGGAGAAGGAGAGGGAGAGGGAGAGGGAGAGGGAGAGGGAGAAGGGGAGUGAGGGGAGGGAGAAGGAGAGGGAGAAGGCGAGUGAGAGGAGGGAGAGGGAGAGGGAGAGGGAGAAGGGGACUGAGGGGAGAGAGAGGGAGAGGGCGAUUGGGAGUGAGGGGAGGGAGAGGGAGAGGGGGAAGGUGAGUGAGGAGAGGGAGAGGGAGAGGGAGAGGGAGAGGGAGAGGGAGAGGGCGAGGGCGAGGGAGAGGGAGAGGGAGAGGGAGAGGGCGAGAGAGGGGGAGAGGGAGAGGGAGAGGGAGAGGGAGAGGGAGAGGGAGAAUGGAAGUGAGGGGAGGGAGAAGGAGAGGGAGAAGGCGAGUCAGGGGAGGGAGAGGGAGAGGGAGGGGGAGAAGGCGAGUCAGGGGAGGGAGAGGGAGAGGGAGAAGGGGAGUGAGGGGAGGGAGAGGGAGAGGGAAGGGGAGAAGGGGAGUGAGGGGAGGGAGAGGGAGAGGGGGUUGGUGAGUGUUGAGAGGGAGAGGGAAGGGAGCCAAAAGGAGAAGGGGAAGGAAUGGAGGGAGAGGGAGAAGGGGAGUGAUGGGAGGGAGGGGAAGGAAAGGGAGAAGGGGAGAGACGUGUGGGAGGGUGAGAGAGUGAGUGCUGGGAGGGAGAGGGAGAAGGGGAGAGAGGUGGAUGGUGGAGAAGCAAAGGGUAGAGGGAGUGUAGGAGGCGAGAGAGACGUUAGAAUGUCAGCAGAGAGGGGGAGGGAGUUGGUGCACAUGACAAGAACGAGGGAUGUGGAUGUGACAAGAACGAGGGGCAGAGAUGCAAGCGGCAGCUGUAUUUUUGGGGUAGGAAGGGAUAUUGGAAGGGAAGCGCGUGAACGAGACAUGGGAAAGAUAGCAGAGAGGAGGGAUGUUGAUGUGACACGAAUGAGGGGCAGCAACAAUACGAGGGAAAGAGGAGGUGGGGAAGGAGGUGUAAGGGAAAGAGGAGCAAGGGAGGUAGGAGGAAGGGGAGGAGGAGGAGAAAGAGGAGGGGAAAGAGGAAGAGGGGAAAGAGGAGGAGGGGAAAGAGGAGGAGGGGAAAGAGGAGGAGGGGCAAGAGGAGGAGGGGAAACCCUCAGCAGCCACAAAGCAGAUGGGGGAGAAAGAGUUGCAAGGGAAGGUAAGGAAGGAAUGGAAAGAGGGGAAGACAGUGCAUGGGAACGAGGAGAAAAGGCCGAUGUGAACAGAAGUGGAGGAGAAAGAGGGGCUGAGAAGGUGGAGGAAGAGGAGAGAGGGAAAAGUCAGAAGGGUGUUGCAUUGGCAGAAGAGACAGGGAGGAAGGAGGAGGAAGGUGGGAGUGGUAGUGUGAGAAUAGGGAGUGGCACAGCGGGAGAGGGGGAAAAGGAGAGAGGGGAAGGUAGGAAGAGUUUUGAAUCGGCUGAAAAGAGCAGGAAGGAGGAGGAAGGUGGGAGUGGUGGUGUGAGAAUAGGGAGUGGCUCGGCGGGAGAGGGGGGAAAGGAGAGAGGGGAAGGUAGGAAGAGUUUCGAAUCGGCUGAAAAGAGCAGGAAGGAGGAGGAAGGAGGGAGUGGUGGUGUGAGAAUAGGGAGUGUCGCAGCGGGUGAGGGGGGAAAGGAGAGAGGGGAAGGUCAAGUGCGAUUUGUGGUGGUGGAAGGGACAGGGAGGGAAGGGGAGAGGUGGAAGGGUGGUGCGCAGAGAGAGAGUGGAAUGGAAGGAGGAGAAGGAGAAGGAGGAGGUGGAGGAGGAGGAAAGGAAGGGGGUGAGGGAGGAGGGAGAGGGGAGCGUGAGAGUAAGGGUGGUAAGGAUGGAAAGACUGGCAGUAAAGCGAGUGGCAAAGGCAGUGGUAACAACAGGGAUGCUGGCACCAGUGGUGGUGGCGGUUCUGGGGGUGGUGGUGGUAGUGGCAGGGGAGAGAAAGGGGGACAGAGAGUAGGAUCGUCCAGAAAGGGAGGGAUAGUUGGCGGUAAAGGGGGUGGUGGGGGUGGUGGUGGUGAUGAUGAUGGUGAUGGUGAUGAUAAUGCUAGGGAUUGGGACCGGAAACGGGCUUUUGGGAGUGAUAAGGGCAAGGGAGGGAGAAGGAAAGGGGAAGAGGAGGAGGAGGGGGAGGAAGGGAGGGAGAAUAAGCGAAGGAAGGAGGAGGAGAAGCGUGGGGAGGGGAGGGAUGGGAAGAAAGGGGAGGAACAGGCGAGGCGAAAUGCAGAGGUAGAGAAGAGUGGGAAUGGGGAGGUGAAGGGAGGUGGUGUGAGUGUGGGUCAUCGGGGGGAGGAGAGGAGGAUUGAGAGGAGGGAUGAAAAGAAAGAGGAAAGUGGAAGGGGUGAUAGGAGAAAGGAGGAGGACAGAAGACGGGAGGAGGAUGGGAAACGGGAGGAGGAUAGGAGAAAGGAGGAGGAUAGGAGAAGGGUUGAAAAGGGAGGACGAAAGGAGGAGGAUAAAGGAAAAAGGGAGGAGGAUAAGGAGAGGAGGGAUGAAAAGGGGAGGAAUGGGGAAGGGAGAAAGGAGGAUCUCAGGAGAAACGAGGAUGAUAAGAAACGGGAGGAGGAUAAGCGAAAGGCGGACAAACGGAGAACGGAGGAUGGAAAGAGAAAGGAAGAGGAGAGGAGAAGGGAGGACGAGGAGAGGAAGCAGGAGGGAAAGAGAAAGGAGGGAAGGAGAAGGGAGGAGGGAAGGAGAAGGGAGGAGGGAAGGAGAACGGAAGAGGAAAGGAAAAGGGAGGAGGCUGGUAAGGAUAGUGGAAGUGAAAGGGUGGGUGGUUCGCAUAGGGAUAAGAUGGACGAAAAGAAGAGGGAGGGUAAGGGGGGCGAGAUGGAAGAGGUGAGGAGGGAGGAGAGGACUGAGGAAAGGAAAGAAGAGAAGAAGGAUGAUAGAAAAGAUGAGAGGAGGGAGGAAAAGAAGGAUGGGAGGAGAGGGGAAAGGAAGGAUGAGAGGAAAGAGAAGAUAAGGGAUGAGAGGACAGAGGAGAAGAGGGGUAAUAAAAGUGUUAAGGAGGCAGGAGAAAGGGAUAAAGAGAAGGGGGAGAGUAUAAGUGGGGCGAGAAAAGAAGGGGAGAAGGAGCAAAAGGAGAAGAGAGGGCGAUUGGAUGGGGAGGAGCAUGGGCAGAAGAGGGAAGGAAGAGGCAUGGGUCAUGAUACAAACGAGGAGAGGAAGAGGAGGAAGGUGGAGGAGGAAAUUAAGGACAAGGAGAAGAGGGAGAAGGAGAGGAGGGACAAGGAGAGGGGAGAGAAGGAGAGGAGGGAGAGGGAAAAGGGAGAGAGGGAGAGGAGGGAGAGGGAAAGUGGAGAGAAGGAGAGUAGGGAGAGGGAAAGGGAAGAGAAGGAGAGGAGGGAGAGGGAAUGGGAAGAGAAGGAGAGGAGGGAGAAGGACAGGGGCGAUAUGGAGAGGAAGGGGGGGGAGAGGGGGAUAAAAGAGAGGAGUGAGCAGGAGACGAGAGGGAAGGAGAGACGGGAAGAGGGGAGAGAAAUUGAGAGAAGAGAGGAGAGGAGACAAAAGGAGGGGAGAGAAAAGGGAGGGAAAACAGUCCAUGAAGGCAAAGGAGAAAAUGGGGAGAGGAGAGAAGCAGUGGAGAUGGGAAAAGGUGAGGAAGUUGAGGAAAAAGAGGCUAGGAGAGAAAAGGAUAGUAGAGGAACAAAUAAGCAUGACAAUAAGAAAAUGUGUGAUGAGAGUAAGACACAUGACGAUGGGAAGAAGGAAGAGGGUAGGGAGGAUGGGAGGGGUGAAAGGCCUGGGCGAAUUUCUGAGUCACGACAAAAAUUGGAGGAGAAAGUUGUGGGGAAGGAGGAGGGAAGGGAUGUGGGGAAGGGGGAUGGAGGGCAUGGGAAGCGGCAAAGGGAGCGUGAGUGCAGUGAGGAGGAAACUUUCAAUGAUACCCAUAUUCCAGGCCCGCCAUUCCCCGGUGGGGGUGCUUUUCCCAAUAGUGGGGGGGCUUUUCCGGGUGGCGGUUUGUUGCAGACCCCAGGUGUGGCACCGCAUCAUACCCAUACCAACCCCCUUGCACCGCAUCAAACACACACCAACCCAUUAGUAGCUCACCAUGCACUGCUGCAAGCUCUGCGUGCUGCUCCCCGCCCCCCCCACUCUGGCUCUGCUCUGCCCCCCGCUCUGGCGAGUAGCGGUAUUGGCAUGAGUGGGCCAGCAGCCAAGCAGUCAGCACUGGCAGCCAAGAGGGAGAGGGAGAGAGCGCAGCUGGAUUUGAGGGAUGGAGUGGGAGGGUCACGAUUCACAUGGUGUGCAUGUCUGGCAUUUGGGGGUGUGUCAGGGCCAGCAGCCAGGGCAGCGAAGCAGUCAGCACUGGCAGCCAAGAGGGAGAGGGAGAGAGCGCAGCUGGAUUUGAGGGAUGGAGUGGGAGGGUCACGAUUCACAUGGUGUGCAUGUCUGGCAUUUGGGGGUGUGUCAGGGCCAGCAGCCAGGGCAGCGAAGCAGUCAGCACUGGCAGCCAAGAGGGAGAGGGAGAGAGCGCAGCUGGAUUUGAGGGAUGGAGUGGGAGGGUCACGAUUCACAUGGUGUGCAUGUCUGGCAUUUGGGGGUGUGUCAGGGCCAGCAGCCAGGGCAGCGAAGCAGUCAGCACUGGCAGCCAAGAGGGAGAGGGAGAGAGCGCAGCUGGAUUUGAGGGAUGGAGUGGGAGGGUCACGAUUCACAUGGUGUGCAUGUCUGGCAUUUGGGGGUGUGUCAGGGCCAGCAGCCAGGGCAGCGAAGCAGUCAGCACUGGCAGCCAAGAGGGAGAGGGAGAGAGCGCAGCUGGAGCUGAGGAGGAAAUACUAUGGGCUGCCUUGA